AUGAGCAAUUCAGAUCACGUUAUGUUCAGUGUGAAUCAUGGUGGCUACUGGGUAAAAAAUCAUGUGGGAGAUGUUGGGUAUAUUAGUGGCGAAGUGGUUACUUUUGAGUGUAACCCAGAAGAUUUCUUCUCGGCAUUGCAAAAUGAGUUGAGCGAUGGUGAGGGAUUUUAUGGCCACUAUAUGUGGUACAAGCUGCCGUUUGAAGAUAAUAAGGAGCGCAAGAGAUUGAUUGGUGGUGAUUCUAAAUUUCAAAGGAUGUGUGAAGCAGAUGGAGCUUUGGUCAUAAUGCUAUCUUUUUCGGACAUGGUGUUGAAAUACAGUAUUGCUAAUCCUCAUUUAUCAUUGUUGUGUUUCCUUCUCUUUCUUUUAGACAUACAAACAUGA